AUGUCCGACCCCCAAAACCAGCCAGCGAAUGCGCAGGGCCCUCACGUCUCGGCUCCUGAUGCUGCCCUGGGCCGCCGAGAGACUGGCGCCCUGCGCAGUCCGGAGCUCGGCCGUGGCCCAGGUACCCCCAACCGACCUCGACCACCGCUGGCAGCCUUGGACCCCAACCUAUCUCCAGCAUGCAACUCCCAAGCGUUGACCAAGCCCGCCGUGCAGCCAGGGUCCUUCAUGGGCCAUCGCCAGCGGCAUGGCUCACAAUCCCCGGCGGUGUCGCCCAAGGGGGACACAUCGCCCCCGCUUAUCCUUGGGUCCGAACCCGCAGCUGCGCCUCCAACUUCUUCCAACUCGCCGCAGGCUGCGGCACCCUCGAGCGCCAUUCCUAGAGCCCUUGCAGAGGAGCAUGACCAUGAAGCGUCGCACCAAGCCGAGACAGGGAUCAUGGCGGACGAAGACGAGGUCGGCGCCCCUAUAAGCGUGCACUCGGACGGCGGAUACGACUCGGAGGGGGGUUCCGGCUCCGAGUCCAUGUCCGGCAGCAUCAUAGACUUCGUAUACGAGAACGGUCGGCGAUACCAUCGGCUCAGGGAGGGCCAAUACAACUUUCCCAACGAUAAGGUCGAGCAAGAGCGAGAAAUCCUGAAACAUGUCAUGAUCAAACUGCUCUGCGGAAAGCUGUACUACGCCCCCAUCGGUGACUCGCCCCGGAAUAUCCUCGACGUCGGUACUGGCACGGGCAUCUGGGCCAUCGAGGUCGCCGACCAGCUUCCUUCCUCCAUUAUCCUCGGCAUCGACCUGAGUCCAAUUCAGCCAGAAUACGUGCCUCCGAAUGUUCGAUUCAUGGUUGACGACGCCGAGAGCGAGUGGCUACACCCGCCGAAUCACUUUGAUUACGUGCAUUUCAGACAUGCGGUCAUGGCCAUCAAGAACUGGCAUAGGGUUCUAGAGCAAGCUUUCCAUCACAUUCGCCCCGGUGGCUGGAUCGAGAUUCAGGAGUUCACCCACUAUCCAUGCUCGUCGAACAACACAAUGCUACAAGACAACCCGCUUGCGCAAUUUUUUCUACUGUUGGACAGGGGUCUAGGCAUGAUGGGCAUUGAUUUCCUCCAGCCACCACGCCAGCUCCCUGAUAAAGCCCGCGACUGUGGCUUCGUCAACGUGACUGAGAAGGUGCUCCAGGUGCCCAUAAGCACUUGGCCCAGAAACAAGACGCUUAAGACGAUUGGCUUGCACUGGCGCUCCAAUCUAUUCAACGGGCUGCAGGCGAUAGCCAUGGGCCCACUGACUAGGGGGUGCGGCUGGACAGCAGCGCAGGUUGAGAUCUUCCUGGUUUCGGUGCGCAGGGCUAUCAUGGACAACUCGUGUCAGUUCUACAUGCCCUUCCACAUCAUCUGCGCGCAAAAGCCCGCUAUGCCUUCCUGA